AUGACUGAAUCAACCAAUUCUCGUGUUGACGUACUUAUGCUGGGUACAGGAGAAUAUACAACAGGCUAUGUUCAUGGAAAAGCAAGUCAAUCGGACAAGACUAAAGGAGUUGUGGCUUUAACAUUAAUCGAUCUUCGUCGACGAGGAAAAACAAAUCGUCUAGGUAUGUGUGGAACUAAUGGAAAAAAACUUGGCGAUAUUCGAAAACAUAUGCAACAAGCGAUUGGUGAUGCCUAUAAAGAUAUGGAUUUAACAAUGGAUUGGUGGCCUGGCGAUGAUGUUGUCGAUACUCGUGCCUAUAUUCAAGCUCUCGAUGCGUUUAAACCCGGCGAUGCUUGUGUCAUAUUUACACCUGAUGAUACACAUUUUGAUAUGGCAUUAGAAGCCAUACGUCGUGGAAUUCAUGUUAUGAUUACAAAACCAGCUGUGAAAACAUUAGCUGAACAUCGACAACUAUAUGAAGAAGCUAAAAAGAAAAAUGUACUUGUUAUGAUUGAAGUUCAUAAACGUUUUGAUUCCAUGUAUUCGGAUGCUCGCGAUCGUAUACGAGAUGGUCUUGGUGAAUUUUCAUAUUUUUAUUCUUUUAUGUCACAACCUAAAUUUCAGUUAUCUACAUUUCGAUCAUGGGCUGGAAUAUCAUCUGAUAUAUCCUAUUAUCUUAAUAGUCAUCACAUUGAUUUUCAUGUUUGGUCAUUACACGGCCGAGCUCGUCCUACGCGUGUUACAGCUAUGGGUUCGUCAGGUGUAGCUAAAUCACAAUAUAAUAUUGAUACCGAAGAUGUUAUCACUCUUUCGGUACAAUGGUUUAAUUUUCAAUCGAAAACCACUGGUACAGCUGUUUAUACAUCGUCAUGGAUAAGUGCUAAAUCCGAUACACAUACACAACAAAAAUUUUAUUACGUCGGUCACCAAGGUGAAAUUAACAUUGAUCAAGCACAUCGAGGAUAUACGCUUGCAUCUGAUACAAAUGGAUAUUUGAGUAUCAAUCCAUUGUACAUGAAAUUAACAGCAACUGAUGGUUACUUCUCGGGACAAAACGGUUAUGGUUAUCGAAGUUUUGAAGCUUUUAUUGAUGCUGUGGCCAAUUUAAAUGCGAAGAAAAUUGAUAUGGAUGCAUGCGAUGCUAAAUUAGCAACCAUUGGUACUACAUUCCAAGAAACUGCUGUGCUUGAAGCAGGUCGCAUUAGUUUAGACAAUCAAUGUGCAAUGGUAGAAAUCAUCUAUGAGAAUGAUACGUCACUUGUUCCUAUUGAAUUAAAACUUUUAAAAUAA